AUGAAGGGCGUGAAACUGAAUCGACGAUCUGAUUUACGUGGAAUUACAUUUAAUGCUGGUGUUGUCGUGACUGGAAUACAUCAAAAUCAGACGCUUGAGGAAUAUUUGGAGAGCUAUGACAAUCCGACAAUUGAUGCACAACAUCGUCAUCAGUAUAGGCUCCAUAAAAUAUUGGCUGAGAAACAUAAUUACAGCAUGUUCUUACAUCGAACACCAACAUGGGGAUUUGUUCGAAAUGGCACGUACGACGGAGUUCUCAGGAUGUUUCUAGCAAAACAAAUUGAUUUCUCCAUCUCACCAUUUCGACAUACAAUUGAUAGAUCAUAUUUUAUCGAUCAUACAUUGACGACAUUCAUUACAGCUCCAGAAAUUCUCUUUCGACAUCCAAAAAAUUCACUCCGUAAUCCAUUUUUAUUGCCUUUAUCACCAUUGGUAUGGUAUUUAAUACUUAUCAUCAUGUUUACUGUAUCAAUAUUUGUAACAUUGACCAUGAAGAGUGAUAAAGUAAAGAAUGUGACCUUUAUUCGGGCAUUUAUGACAUCAAUUGGAGUUAUGUGUCAACAGGGCUUGAUGGAAAAUUUUUUAAAAUCUUCAACGAGAACUUUUUUGAUUAUCUUCAUAACCUUUUCAGCCAUCAUUUAUCAGUUCUACAGCUCAUUUAUUGUCAGCUCAUUACUAAUAAGUCCACCAAUGACCAUAAAUAAUUUAAGACAGCUAAUUGAUAGCAGCUUAGAGAUUGGAAUGGAAGAAGUUGUCUAUAAUCGUGAAUUUUUUGAAAGCACAACAGAUCCACUGGCUCAUGAACUGUACGAGACUCGAUUGAUGCGCGGAUCAAAAAAUGGAAAUUUUUAUUCAGUUAAUUGUGGAAUUGAGAAAAUGCGACUAGGUGGAUUUGCCUUUCAAGUUGAUACAGCAUAUGCUUAUUCUGUGAUAUCGCAGACUUUUUCAGAUGAAGAAAUUUGUGACAUUCAUCAAGUUCUCCUAUUUCCUAACCGUCUAUUGUCUGCUGCUUUUGCGAAGAAAUCACCGCUAAGAGAAAUCUUCACUGUUGGAUUUUUAAGGUUUAAAGAAACAGGAAUCCUUCAAUAUCAUGACAACAAGUGGCAAAAGAAGAAGCCAAAAUGUAAUAAGUCAGUGACGAAAAUCAAAGCAAUCAGUAUUGAAGAGUCUUCAUGGAUAUUUAUUGUAUUAGCUUGUGCGAUUUUUAUAAGUUUUGCUCUUGUUGCUGUUGAAAACGUGCAUUUUUUGGUAUCAAAAAAGAUUAAGUUGAAGAAAUUUUCAUUGAUUAGUUUUAUUUUAAAUAAAUUGAGAAAAAAUAAGCCAAAAGUUUCCAAACAUUGA